UUUAUUUUUGAUAUGACGUCAUGUUCUGUGACGUAGUUACGACUGAACCGAAUAGACAAGCUGCGGUUAUACGUCAACUCGUUUGCUUUACUUCAGUCAACGUCGUUUGAAAUAUUUGUCCGGUUCGGAACCUUUGCAUAGCUUCAUUGCCAGACACAAUGGCUGAUCCGGAGUUAGAGGCGAUCCGUCAGCAGCGAUUAGCCCAAUUACAAUCGCAAUAUAAGGGUGGCGAUGCUUCCAACAAGCAGGCAGCUGAAGAGAAACGACAGCAGGUAGAGGAGAUGAGACAUUCGAUUCUGACGCAAGUACUAGAUCAAUCAGCCCGAGCAAGACUGAACACGCUCGCUCUGGGAAAACCAGAGAAAGGUAAAAUGGUAGAAGAAAUGCUUCUUAACAUGGCACAACGUGGUCAGUUACCCGGAAAACUUGGAGAAAAGGAACUCAUUGGACUUUUGGAAAGUGUAAAUCAGCAAACACAGAGAACAACAACUGUCAAAUUUGAUCGGCGCAGAGCAGCGCUAGAUUCGGACGACGACAUUGAUGACAUGUAGCAAGCUGAACAGUUUGUUUAAAAAAUUGUUAUCGCACAUAGUGCUACUGUCAGAUGGUGUUGACUGGUAAUGAGAGCUAAAACUAAUUUGCUAAUCAAAUUGCGGCGAUUGCCUCUCGCUAUUUAUACUAAUAAAUGAACCACAACUUUUUAUUUGUUAUACAAAUAAAACAUGAAGAAACUAUUGUACUGA